AAAACCACAUCCAUUCUUCUCCAACAAACUUUUCAUCUUUCUCAAAUCUUCGGUAAAUUUCUACACUAUUCCAUGGCUCCGAAGGCAGAAAAGAAACCCGCCGAGAAGAAUCCGGCACCGGAAAAGCCUGAAGUUCCGGCGGAGAAGAAGCCAAAAGCCGGUAAAAAACUCCCUAAAGACGUCGGUCCCGUAGCCGGAGAAAAGAAGAAGAAGAAGGUGAAGAAGAGUUCGGAGACGUACAAGAUCUAUAUAUUCAAAGUGCUAAAACAAGUGCAUCCAGAUAUAGGAAUUUCGAGCAAAGCGAUGGGAAUAAUGAACAGUUUUAUUAACGAUAUAUUUGAGAAACUUGCUCAAGAAGCUUCUAAAUUAGCGCGGUAUAAUAAGAAGCCUACAAUUACGUCCAGGGAAAUUCAGACGGCGGUUAGAUUGGUGUUACCUGGUGAAUUAGCGAAGCAUGCUGUUUCUGAAGGGACUAAAGCUGUUACCAAGUUUACUAGCUCUUGAAAUUUUUUAAGGAUUGAUUAGGUUAUAUUGGGAAUUGAGAAUUGGGGUUAGGGUUUCGUUCAAUAGUAUUAGUCGGUUAAUUUUUGUUGGUUGAUUUCAUGUAUGUUGGCUUUUCUAUGGGAUAAUGUAAAGUACAAUGCUGUUGCUUAGCAAUGAAAUCUGCUUUUUAUGUAUUCUUA